UACAGAGUCCCCCUCGCUGGAGAUCAGGCAGUCUGCUCUAGCAGCAAGACUAUUCUUUGCAGCCUUUGUUUCUUGGCCCUUCACUCUCCAGGACCGUAGCCUGCCUACCAUGCCCUCCCACGGGGUGUCUGUUGCCCUGCUGCUUCUAGCCCAGGUGGGCUUUUCUGUGAGCCUUGAGGCUAUCCAGUGCCCUCCAUGUUCUGAGGAGAAGCUGGCACGCUGCAGGACACCCUCUGGAUGUGAGGAGCUGGUGCAGGAACCAGGCUGUGGAUGUUGUGCCACGUGUGCCUUAACAAAAGGGAUGCUCUGUGGGGUAUACACAUCUCGCUGUGGUUCAGGGCUGCGAUGUUACCCACCACGGGGAAUGGAAAAGCCCUUGCACACACUCAUGCAUGGCCAAGGUGUUUGCAUGGACCUGUCUGAAGUCGAGGCGAUUCAAGAGAGCAUGCAGUCAACAGAGCAGGCAGAGAUUGAGCUCCCUCCCACCAACAACUUCAGCCCCUGCAACAUCCAUGACCGUAAAUGCCUGCAGAAACAACAAGCAAGAGCACGGGAACGAAUAAACAUUGGUGUCAAGAUGAGGAACCAUGGGAGCCUCAUGCUCCGGGAGGAUAUCCGGCCAGUGGUUCAAGGCUUGUGUCAGAGUGAGCUUCAAAGAGCCCUAGAGAGACUAGCAGCUUCCCAAACCAGAACCCAUGAGGACCUUUACCUCAUUCCCAUCCCUAACUGUGACCAAAAUGGAAAUUUCCACCCCAAGCAGUGUCACCCAGCUUUGGAUGGGCAACGAGGGAAAUGUUGGUGUGUGGAUCGGAAGACAGGGGUUAAAUUGUCAGGAAGUUUGGAAGUGAAGGAAGAUUUGGAUUGCCAUCAGCCUGUAGAUGGAGUGGAAGAGUGACCAGGCUGAUAAGUGGACAAUGAGACUUGCCUUGACAAUCUGCCAAGGGAACUUGUUGUACUUAGUGUUUGAUAAGUAGAUGCAAUGCAAACUGGGAGUUACCACAAUGCCUUUUUCCUGAGGGGGAAUAAUAGCAGUAUGGCUGCCUCUUUCAUCAAAAUAACUGCAUUAAUCUAAGCAUGAUGUGGCUUAGUCAACCCGUAUUUCUCUGCUGUUUAACUGGGUAGCUAUUUGCAUCCAUGGAUCAUUCUUCACUCACAAUGGAAACUGUAUUCCAUGUGAGUGACAACUGGCUUUAAUCUUGAGUACCUCAAUAAGUCUUUUGAGAGUUUCCUCUGAGUAGAUCUGCUCUUGUUUUUGGGGAACUUGCUCUUCUUCUACUGAGAAAGGGAAAA